AUGCCACCUAAAAAGAAGGCUUCAAAAAUAGAAUAUACUUUCCCUCAAUCUUUCCAUGAUUUACCUAAAUCACUUUCUAAAAAUUAUUAUCAACCAGAACCAGAAUCUAUAAUCAAUGAUCAAAUCAUUGUCAUAAGGAAUUUUUUCACCAAAGAUUUAUGUAAUGAAUUAAUCAAAUCAUUUGAAACCCAACUUGAUAUGGAAACAACUCCUUUAAUAAAAAGUAAAGAAUAUGCAGCGAGAUUUAAUGAUAGACUGUCAAUGAACGAUUUAUUAUCUGCCGAUAUACUAUGGCAAUAUUUACAGAAAAUUUUACUCGACAACCUUUAUGAUGAUGAAGAUAUUAAUGAAAUUAAUCGUAUUUUCCAAAAUGCAGUAGGGUUAAAUCCACAACUACGAGUCUAUAGAUAUACACGAGGUCAUCAUUUUGGUAAACAUUAUGAUGAUUCAGUAAUAUGUCCUAUCCCACCACAGGGAACCAAGAAUGGUCAUACCAAAUGGACAUUAUUGAUUUAUUUAACUGGAGAUGAAGAAUUUAAAGGUGGUGGUACAAUUUUUUAUCCAGAGAUUAGAAAUACUAAACCAUUAAACAUUCAUCCAAGCAAAGGGAUGGCUCUUUUACAUAAGCAUGGUAAUGACUGUUUAAAACAUGAGGCAGAGAUUGUCGAAAAUGGGGCAAAAUGGGUUUUACGUAGUGAUGUUGUAUUUCCUAUCUAA